AUGUAUUUGAGGUCUUUGAAGGCUUAUUGCAGAUGUGCUGCAUCCUUUGCUACUCGUUCAAACUCGAGCUUUGCUUCCUUGUUCGGUGUUGUUGGAGUUUACUUUGGCCUUGAAAUGUUGCAGGAUGUUGCUACUACAAAAUUUUUUGCAGAUUAUGCUGAGGUCUUCAGCCCAGACGAAGAAAGAUAA